UGAAAUUCCAGCCCCUGGAAAUUUCUACUUCCGGUUCACUUGACGCAACGUUCGUGUACCUGCGUCGACUUGCAGUUCUUUUUGGGUAUCCUUCAAACCAAAUGCGCUCCUGAAAAGCAUUUUCAUCAGAUAUGUACCAAAACAUGACUGAAGAAGAUCUUCACCCGGAGACGCACGAUCCCCCCUAUGUUAUACAGGAGUCGGAGAUGCCGUAUAUCAAACAGGAGGCAGAGCCAGUGACCUCCAGCAUGGAAGAAAAACAGGAAGAUGAAAUCUCCAACUUUCCGGUAACUGUCAUUGUGAAGAGUGAAGAAGAAGAAGAAGGUCCUAGCGACAGCUUAUUUGAACACCUGACAUCAAAAGAUCUUCACCCUGAGAUGCACAAUCGGGCGGGUUCGUCAGAGUGGGAGAUGCCGUAUAUCAAAGAGGAGGCGGAGCCAGAGACCCUCUGGAUGAAAGAAAAAGAACAGCAACAUGAAAUCCCAAACUUUCCAACGAUUGUCAUUGUGAAGAGUGAAGAAGAUGAAGGUCCAAGCGAAGAGAGCAGAGCAGUGAAACCUCUGAGCGACUGCUUAUUUCAACACCUGACAGCAGAAAGUGAGGGACGAUUGCAACCGGACGGCCUUUUAGCACAUCUUUCGGACAGCGACGACGUAACAUCACUCUCUUCUGACUUUGACACUGAUGAGGAGGAUGUUGACUUUGACCAAAAUGUUUCAAAAUUCUCAAACAAGUCAUCAUUGAAAAGAGAUAACAAAGAUUACGUGAGUGAGAAACCUUUUGACUGCUCACUCUGCGAGAAAAGAUUUUGUACUAAGCAAGCGGUAACAGGACUCGGGCAUACAGGCACUAGAGAAAAACUUUUCUCCUGCUCACUUUGUGAUAAAAAAUUCAACCAGAAGGGAAAUUUAAACAAACACACAAGAAGACACACAGGAGAGAAGCCAUUUGUCUGCAAAUGUUGUGGUAAAAGAUUUUUUCGAAAGCAAGAGUUAACAUCACACAUGCAUACACACACUGGAGAAAAACCUUUUGCAUGCUCAGUUUGUGAUAAAAGAUUCACCCAAAAGGGAAAUUUGAAUAUACACUUUAGAAUACACACUGGAGAGAAGCCUUUUGACUGCUUACUUUGCGAUAAACGAUUUUGUACGAAGCAAGAGUUAACAUCACACACGCGUACACACACUGGAGAAAAGCCUUUUCCCUGCUCAGUUUGUGGUAGAAGAUUCACCCGGAAGGGAGACCUAACAAACCACACAAAAACUCACAGAAAUCUAUUUCCUGAGCAUUUUGCGGUAGAAGAUUCACUCGCAAGGGACAUUUAGAAUCUCCCGUAAGAAGCCACACUGGGGAAAAACCUUUCAAUUGCAGUGUGUUAUUCAGAUUUCUAUCACUUAUUUACAGUGGAAAAAGCAUUACAAUGUCCUAAUUCCAUUUCCUUUGAGCCUCUUUUGAAAAAAGUCGUUGCAAUGAUUUUGCAGGUCUUUGUUUGCUUGUUUGUUGCAUAUUAUGUAUACGUUAUCUUAAAAUAAGAUUAAAGUAGUAAUAUUUUGAAUGAAAAUCAGAUUCUCAUGCUUUGUGACAAUCG